ACUUGAUGACGUCCAACUAGCCCCCUUUUUUUUGCUUUUUAAGCUUUUCUUUUUUAAUAGAUUUUAUUUUAUUUCUUUUUUGUUUUUAUUAUUGUGGACAUGACAGAAAGAUCUAGUGGUAGCAGUCGAAAGAUGCAACAUUUUAUGACACCUAGUUCACCACCAUACCCACCGUAUGCUUACGUAGAACAGCAGAGUCAAAUGAUGUACGAUCCUAAUGAUCCCAGCCACACACCCACUUAUGCGUAUGUCUAUCCGCUAAGUCCACAAUUCUCUGUACAAUACUAUUCUGACUUCAAUCCAAACACAGCAGAUAACACCCCUCGCUAUCAAAGUUACCCAGGCUCUCCCGUCCUCCACCCUCAUCUGCAUCAUUACCAACUAUCACCACAACUGAUUCCUUCCAGUCCUCCCUUCAGUCCCAACUUGCAAUAUCCGACUUCACCUCCCUCACACGCCUUUGUCUUGCCGCCUCACGGACAGCAUCAUUUCCCCCCGCUUCAUAUAUCCUCACCUCUCUUAACAGCUUCACCCGCAGGUUACGUACAACCAAUUGAUCUAAAGAAGCGCAGAGAGUUGCUGGAGCAAGAGUACGUUCAUCUGACCCAGUUUCAUCCUCAAAAUAUCUAUGUCCGUGGCUUGCCCCUAACAGAAACCGAUGAGUCCUUCUUGGCUCUCUGUAAGGUCUAUGGUCCUAUACGCUCCUCCAAAGCUAUCAUUGAUCAAAAGUCUGGUGAAUGCAAGGGAUAUGGAUUUGCUAUGUUUGAGGAUCAGGAAGAUUGUCAAGUAGCUAUUAUGAACCUGAACGCUGCUGGAUAUCAAGCCUCACUUGCUCGAGUUGGACAAGAAUCGUUUAGCUCAAGAUUAAGAAGUCUUCAAGAUGAAACGUCUACUAAUAUUUAUAUUUCUAAUUUGCCGGUUACCAUGGAUGAGGAGGGUUUGGAGGAUUUGUUUAACCCGUUUCAGACGAUUUCCAACCGUAUAUUACGUGAUCCACAAUCGGGUAUGAGUCGAGGAGUAGGAUUUGCCAGGUUGGCUGAUCGACAAUCUGCAAGUGCGAUUAUUGAUAAAUACAACGGCCAUUCUAUCUCGGGAUCAUCAGCCCCCCUGCAGGUCCGUUUCGCUGACUCUCCUGCUCAAAAGCGACUCAAGAAUCAGACAACCACUACAAAGAAAACCAUAUCGAAACGGGACCUCUUUCCCGCUGGUUUUCCUAAUAUUCGAUCCAUGAUGCCUAUUACUCCUGAAACCAUGUUGGGAAUCGCUCCCUCCUCCAACGGAUACCCUCACCCUAUUCCAGUAACAGAGCCCUCGAUGAGUGAUGUCGAUGUACUGGCAGCAGCGGUUGACCACCAAUUAAGUUUAAAAGAAUCCACACUUGUAUAGAAAAAAAAUUAUAAUAAUAAAAAACAGUUCUCUAAAAUGAGGCAGGGAUAAUGUUAAUGUCGUGCUUAUAAUCAUCGUGCGCCCAU